UACCUCGCGUGCACAGUCAAUGGACCCCUAGGAAGAGAGAGAGAAGUCUCUGCGCUACAACUUUUAAACUUUUAAGUGUUUGAAGAGAUUAAUCUGAGGGAUUCUUAUCCUUGACUUGACUCUUGAAGACUGUUUCUUUAGUUGUCGUCGAGCAGCGCUGUCGUUUAGUGACAAAAAGAUGAAAUACAUUAUAGGAAUUGGCGGAGUCACCAAUGGUGGUAAAACCACCCUGACCAAUAAGUUGAUCAAGACUCUGCCCAACUGCUGUGUUGUUCACCAAGAUGAUUUUUUCAAGAAACCUGAUCUGAUAGAGGUCGGGGAGGACGGCUUUAGACAAUGGGAUGUGAUCACAGCUUUGGAUAUGGAGGCCAUGACCAACACCGUAAAAGGUUGGAUCGAGAACCCUGUGAAGUUCGCCCGUUCUCACGGCGUCACUCUGUCCUCUGCCUCUGACGUGGCCAAACCUGACGAGCAGAUCCACAUCCUGAUUGUAGAGGGCUUCCUGCUCUAUAACUACCUGCCUCUGCUGGAUGUUUUCAACAAGUGCUAUUACAUCUCAGUUCCCUAUGAGGAGUGCAAAAGACGGAGAAGUACGAGGCAGUACACUGUCCCUGACCCUCCUGGCCUGUUUGACGGCCAUGUGUGGCCCAUGUACCUGAAGCACAGGAGAGAGAUGGAGGACAGCAGCUUGAAUAUUGAGUACCUGGAUGGUUUGAAGACCAAAGAUGAGAUCUACAACCAGGUGUAUGAGGACAUUCAGAACAACCUGCUCAAUCGUUUAUAGCAGGAAGACUCCUCUCCAUCCCUGUACAGAAUUUGUAAAUAGUCCCAAGGAUUUCUUUUUUAUCAAGUUUUUCUAAUUUUAUUCUUUUUUUUUUUGUAUAUAGAGCUAAGCACUGUUAACUUAUCAUUGUCUUUUUAUCAUCUUCAGAUGAUCAAUAUUUUUUUUGUUUCUCCAUAAAAGGUGAUUGAUGUACUGAUCUAUGUUACUCUCACUGUUAUCUUAAACCACAUACCUGUACUGGACCAUUUGUCUGUCCAAUUACAUUCUCAUACAAAUAAAUGUAUUAGUUGCUGUGAAGAUACAGUAAAUCAA